CAAAGUACAAAGAGAUGUAUCCAAAAGGAGUAUUUAACAAUCAGCACCCGCAGGAAUUAAAAGAUUGUUUCAUUAUGAGUACUAAAGCUUUAGCAGACGAGAUAACAAACUGGCCAGAAGUGAAAAAAUACUCGGAAAAAAUUGCUAAACUCGCUGAUCACAUGUACCAAGUGGGAAUAGAUGCAGUCAAGCUGAAUGAAGAUGAAUUUAAUGUUAUUAAUCAUGGUGAUUUUUUCAUAAACAAUAUGUUGUUCAAAUAUAACGAUGAUGGCAAACCUAUUGAUCAUAUGUCAGUAAGUAUUAUCAUGUUAUCAUUAUAAAUGAAAUCAUAUGUU